AUGUUCGCCUGUCCCAUCCAGCCUGUAUUCUUUCAUUUUUAAAGAUUUCCUUGCUUGUUUCCAGCUUCUCUGUAUAGAAACUGAAAAGAUCAGCUGUGAAAAGGCCUUUUAAUUCAGAAGCAGAGUAAAUGACUCUUCUAUUGUUUUCUGUUAGGUACAUGCCUGAGAUCAAAUCCCCAGAUACUGCUGUUAGAAUCUUGCUCUUACAGAGUGCUGCUAAGCGUCCAUAUGCAUGCGCUUGCAUCCUUCUCCUCAUUGCUUGCGAAGUAGUUCUGCUUUGGGGUUACCUGUAUCUGCGCUCCUCCCUGAGUGUCCUAGUCUUGGGGGCCAGGUGUGCUGCUCUGUGCUGAUCUAGCUGACAAUCAUUUGAACCAGUAGAUAGGUGCUUUUGCGCUUAGACAAUGUGUCUUCCUGGUAGCCUCCUGCCCUGGGCUGCCAGCACCUCCCCUUACCUUCUGUUGCUCUUGAGACUUAGACAUGUGUACUGGGGACUGUGACAGUGACUGGGAAUUCCUCGGUGGCCUGUGGUGGACAGGGACCAGGGUGGGGUCAGCAGUCCACAGCACUCAGACCAAAGGUGGGUUCAACAAGGGGUGCCGGCAGCAGCGCCCUGGAGUCCUGGCUGGUCCUCAGGCCGACACCAGGAGGGAGCGCUGGGGGCCUGCUGCAUGCGAGGCACUGCUUAACAGGCCCGGUGCGCAUUACAUCAUUGGAUCUUCUUACUCUUAAGGCAAGUACUUGACGGUGUUACCCAUUUCAUAGGCAGAGGGUUAAAUAACUUGCCCAAGCCGCAUCCGCGUUGUUAGUAAGUGGAACAGUUUUAAACCCUCGCUGUCUUGUGAAGGCCUCAGCACAAAGCUGUUUUGCUGGCCCAAGGGAGGCCUUUAUAUCUUAAAAAGCACCUUCCAGCUUAAUACCUGACUAGGAUUCAUUUAGUGUGGCCUGUUGUUAAAUUAGUAAGAAUUAUCCGUAAGGUAAAUCUGUCUGUGGUGGGCAGCUUGUCCAUCAGGUCUUCAGUCUUGGUACUACAGACUGGCUCCGCAGGGACCCAGCGCCAGGAUUGGACAGCUGUGGUUUGCCGCCACAGGCGGGGGCGAGAGGUGCCAGGGACAGGAGAGCUGUCGGGGACGCAGUCCCCGGGGACCCCCUUUGCACACUCAGUGGUUGCCGGCUCCUGGCUCUAGCCCACAGCCAGGUGGCUUCAGUGUGAGUGCUGUGGGCUGACUGGGUGAAGGGUUCUCCCUGGAGUAAGUGCAGAAGGCGGCACUUCAGCGUGGCAUGCGGAGGACUGACUUGUCUUCUCCCUGCAAAUUAAAAUAUUGAUGAUGAUUUCUAGAAGAAGAAUGGCCGAGAAAGGUUUUAAAAUGGAAAAUUUCGAUGCCUCGCUCAGUACCUACUUCAGGGCAUGGCUGGGUCCCCGAGAUACCAGAGUAAAAGGAUGGUUUCUUCUAGACAAUUAUUUACCUACAUUGGUCUGCUCUGUCAUUUAUUUAAUGAUUGUAUGGCUGGGACCAAAAUACAUGAAGAAUAAACAGCCGUUCUCUUGCCGGGGGAUUUUAGUGGUGUAUAACCUCGGGCUCACCCUGCUGUCUCUCUAUAUGUUUGUCGAGCUGGUGACAGGAGUGUGGGAAGGCAGGUACGACUUCUUCUGCCAAGGCACACGCAGCGCCGGAGGAUCAGACACGAAGAUUAUCCGUGUCCUCUGGUGGUACUACUUCUCCAAACUCAUAGAAUUCAUGGACACCUUCUUCUUCAUCCUGCGCAAGAACAACUACCAGAUCACAGUCCUGCACGUCUACCACCACGCCUCCAUGUUCAACAUUUGGUGGUUUGUGAUGAACUGGGUGCCCUGCGGCCACUCUUAUUUCGGCGCCACGCUUAACAGCUUCAUCCACGUGCUCAUGUACUCCUACUAUGGCCUGUCGUCCAUCCCCUCCAUGCGCCCGUACCUCUGGUGGAAGAAGUACAUCACACAGGGGCAGCUGGUGCAGUUCGUGCUGACCAUCAUCCAGACCACCUGCGGGGUCGUGUGGCCGUGCUCCUUCCCACUGGGGUGGCUGUACUUCCAGAUUGGGUACAUGGUCUCCCUCAUCAUCCUCUUCACCAACUUCUACCAUGAGACUUACAACAAGAAGGGGGCCUCCCGAUGGAAAGACCACGCAAAGGACCACCAGAAUGGCUCCGUGGCCGCCGUGAAUGGGCACACUAAUGGCUUCUCCCUGGAGAGCAGCGUGAAGCCCAGGAAGCAGCGCAAGGACUGAGCGUGCUCCGCACACCCUGUGAUUGUAAGCACAGCCGUUGUGCUCCUCGCUGUUAGCAGCUGCUGUUCUAGUCGGCCUGCAAUAGUGUGAUUCGUGUAGGGCCUCCUCCAUCCGUUCAAACCCCUCGAGUACGCACG